CAGCCUAGGUCAGGCAAGCUACGGGCUCCUACUGCUCCCAACGAACUUCAACACAAUGGUCUUCACAUUCUGGAAGGCUUUUCUGAUCCUAAACUGCCUUGCAGGUCAGGUUAACCUGGUGCAAGUGACCAUCCCAGACAGUUUCGUAAAUGUGACUACUGGAUCUGAUGUCACUCUUCUCUGCUUCUACACCACCACUGUGGCCUCCACGGACAAGCUGUCCAUCCAGUGGUCUUUCUUUCAUAAGAAGGAAAUAGAGCCACUUACUCAUGGCUCGUGCCUCAAUACUGAGGGUUUGGAGGAAAAGGCAGUCAGUCAGUGUCUAAAAAUGGCGCAUACAAGAGACGCUCGGGGAAGAUGUAGCUGGACCUCUCAGGUUUACUAUUCUGAAGGUGGAGAAGGUCAGGCCUCUGGACAAUUCAAAGAUCGAAUUAUAAGGUCCACCAUUCCAGGUAAUGCAUCUAUCACUAUAUUGCGUAUGCAGCCAGCAGACAGUGGAAUUUACACCUGUGAUGUCAACAACCCUCCAGACUUUGUUGGCAAUAACCAAGGCACUCUGCACGUCACUGUGUUAGUCAAACCUUCUAAGCCACUUUGUAGCAUCCAAGGAAGACCAGAAAUGGGCCAUAGUAUUUCUCUGACUUGCCUCUCUUCUUUUGGAACACCAUCUCCUGUGUACCACUGGUAUAAACUCGAGGGAAAUAAUGCUGUGCCAGUGAAAGAAAGCUUCAACCCAAACACUGGAAUUUUGGUUAUUGGAAAUCUGACAAAUUUUGAACAAGGUUAUUACCAGUGUACUGCUAUCAACAGUGUUGGCAAUAGUUCCUGUGAAAUUGAUCUAACCUCUUCACACCCAGAAGUUGGGAUCAUUGUUGGUGCCUUGAUUGGUACCCUGAUAGGUGCUGCCAUCAUCAUUUCUGUGGUGUGCUUUGCAAGGAACAAGGCAAAGGAAAAAGAAAGGAAGAGGAAUUCUAAAACUACCACAGAACUUGAACCAAUGACAAAGAAAAAUGAAACCCGACAGAAUGAAGCCAUUCCAAUGGAAGAUGUUAUCCAGCUAGAAGCAACUCUGCCACCCUCCACUCAUGACACUGACCCUACUAUCAUCUUGGAACCAGACCAUGAGCCUGCCCCAAAGCCAGAGCCUGUCCUAGCACCUGUCCUAGGAAAGGAGCCUGUUCAGAUGCCUGAGAUUGAGAUUGAGCUGGAGCCAGAGCAGGUACUGGAGCUGGAGCCAGAGCCAGAGCCAGAGCCAGAACCAGAGACAGAGCCUGGGGUUUUGGUUGAGCCCCUGUGUAAUGAGGAAAAGGAUGUGAUUAAGACAUAA